AUGCGAUCUCAAAAGGUUGCCAUUAUCGGAGCUGGACCUUCCGGUCUUGUCACUGCAAAGACACUUCUACACAACUUCCCGCCUGGCACCUUCUCACCAGUAAUUUUCGAUGGUCGCCAUGAAGUUGGCGGUCUCUGGCCAAACAGCCCAUCCAGUGCCGGGACCUUGGAUCCUACCAUGCGGACCAAUCUCAGCAGGUUCACUGUGGCUUUCUCGGAUCUCUCAUGGGAAACAGCAAUGGGCUCGUCUGAUGUCCCGAUGUUUCCACAGGCCAGGCAGGUGGGACAAUACCUUGCUGCGUACACAGAAAAAUAUAUCCCGCGCGAUGUUCUGAGACUCGGACACCGGGUCUUACGGGCCGAACGGAUAACUACCGAUUCCGCACCCCAAUGGAGGGUUCACUGGAGGAAAGAAAGUGCAAAUAUUUUGCACGAUGAGAUCGACUCGGAAGAAUUCGAUUUCCUGGUCGUGGCAUCCGGAUACUUCGCUCGUCAACACAUCCCCUCGAUCCCAGGAUUAGAAGAGCUCAAACUUGCUGGCCGAGUUGUUCAUAGCUCUGAUCUCCAAAAAGCCCAAGGGAUUCUUCAACGCGAUGGGAAUAUAUUGGUUCAGGGAAAUGUCGCUAUUGUCGGCGGCAGUAUGUCCGGUGCGGAAGCUGCUUCUGCCGUGGCGCUUCAUCAAUCGUCGUGGGCCCUUAGCAACACAUCUCCGGACAAAAAAGGGCAAAUGGUACAUCACAUCCAUUCACGCCCUUUCUGGACUCUACCAACGCAUCUACCCCACGAAAACCCAGAAGAAUCGACUAUCUCAUUUUUACCAUUGGACUUGUCAAUGUACGAUCUCGGUCGUCGGCCACCGGGUCCAAUCGAGUAUGCAUUAGGCGUCAUACCCGAAGAGAAAGCGGCAAAAACCAAUGACCAUUUCAGCUCACUCUUGGGAGCUGAAUACGAAAGGUUCGGACGCAUGCAAGGACCAAGUCCGGACCCGCGACCCCCAUGGGUGGCGAUCGGAAACAGCUAUGCGGAGUUUGUUCGAUCUGGGGCCAUAGAAGCUACAAUGGGCCGAGUAGUGUCUGUGAAUUAUAACCCCGACACAAAACUGGCUACAGUUGAAACAAUAUCUGCCAAUGGACAGUCAAAACGGCUGGACAACAUUGCAGCUGUCGUGAUGGCUACGGGGUUUACGCCAUUCGAGUCACUAUCGAUUUUACCUGCAGAUGUCUUAUCUGCUCUAGAAUAUAGCACCGAGGAUCCAUUUCUGCCACUUGUUUUGGACAAGGGUGGAACAACGCGGUCUGAAAUUCCAGACCUUGGCUUUGUGGGAUUUUACCGCGGUCCAUAUUGGGGAGUCAUGGAGAUGCAGGCUAGAUUCCUCGGCGCGGAAUGGAUUAAGGAAAAGCAAAUGCCCUUGAGAACAGAUGCUCAGAGAGAAAGCCUCCGAGUCCUAAGAGAUCCGCUUGCAAAUUCCCAGCGUGGACAGUUUCCGAUGGGAGACUAUGUAGGGUUGAUGGAGUCGUUUACCAAGGAUCUGGGAAUCAAUCGUACAACGCUGUCCAAAAAUGAUGGUCGGUCUGGCCCGGCGAUUCCUGCCCGGUAUCCUUAUAAUCACCCAUCUGUCACUCCACAAGAGACUAUGGAGAAGGAAAAUGACCGCACGCUGUGUGCAUGGGAGGUUUUUUCUCAUUCCUCUCAUAAUAGAAGUCUAGAGGCCGCCGCCUCAUUGGCCAUUUCCCGCGCUCUCCAGGGAUCUUGGUGCCUGUCUCGUGAGCGAACCACAGGGGCGAUGAAAGGGUCUGGAACCAUCACAUUUUCUCCGCAAUACCCUUCAAACCCAGCAUAUGACCGAGAGUAUGUAUGCGACGAAUACGUGGAUUCAAGCCCCACAGACAAGACACCAUCUUCACCUGGACAUUCUCGAAUCCGCUCAAUUUGGAGAUUAUCUGAAUCCGGACUUAGCAAUGGGCAGAUAGAAAUUUGGCAAGGUGGAAUUCCAGUCGAUGAAACUGGUGGAUAUCCCGAGCGAUUGGAGCUUACACCUUUUCAUUACCGGCAAGAUCUCGGGAAAAGUGUACCGGGAGAGUAUGUGAUCUAUGCUGGGGGCUCUCCGGGUUCAUUGACAGAUGGUCCUCCCAAAAAGCACAAGUACGCAUUUUAUUUCAAGGGUGUCUCAAUUGAUUAUUGGGAACGACUUGAACCGGACUCUGAAGAUGAGAGAAGAUCUGCACAAACACAAACUGUAUUUAAGAGGUAG